AUCUGUACGUGCCAACGCGCGCAUGAGCUUCUCUCGCGGGUAUCUUAUGAUGGCCUUAUCAAAAUAAUCCACCAGGUUAGACUGCGAGCAUCAGGGUCAAUGCCCGUGAGUCGCCAAGAAGAGCAGGCAGUUGUGUCUCAGGUGAGAGGUGACGUCAUUGUGAUACUUUUGAACUCCUGGGCAGUAAAUCCAUAAAGGUGUGUUGUCCUACUGCUCAGGUAGCCAGGUAGUACUAAGCCUGCACCUUAGACUGGAGUGAAAGCAGAGUGCGAGAACCUGCUGGGAAUAGACACAGCUAGGGCCUAACAUGAUCCAGGCGGUUUGAUUCACCGAGGUUUACCUGAGAGUCACCCCCUACCUCUGGGACGAGGAAGCCGGAAUGUACUCCAACUCACAGACAGCCAGACUUCCGGCUCAGACACUGUCACUGAACAGUCAGUACAUCCCGCCUCCGUAUGACUUCACCGGAUACCAUCACUUAGCGGGAGUCGGUGAUUCUUCCAGCGCCUGGAACUCCGUCUACGCUCCCCGGGAGGAAUAUCCGUACAGCUUCCCGGGGUCAAGCCCCAACGCCAGCCAGGUCAGCUUCUCCUCCCCGGAGUUAAGCGGCACGCCCACCCCCGCUGGAGGGGGGUCGUUCAACCCGUACAACUUCAUUCCAGGACAGGACCCCUACAGCUCCAGAAGGAGACCCCAAGAGUCCAUCAGAGCGCCCGUUACAGGUGGAAAGACUCGCACUAAAGACAAGUACAGGGUGGUGUACAGUGAUCAACAGCGUCUGGAGCUGGAGAAAGAGUUUCAGCAUAACCGCUACAUAACCAUGAGGAGGAAGAGCGAGCUGUCAAUGGCACUGAGCCUCUCUGAGAGACAGGUGAAGAUUUGGUUUCAGAACAGACGUGCCAAAGAGAGGAAGAUAACCAGGAAGAAGCUGCAGCACUCCCAGCAGGCUUCUACCACAACACCCACCCCACCUGUGCUGGUUGGACCCUCUGACACUAACAUCCCUCCAAGCCCCAGCAGCAACAUUUUGUCUGACAGAGUACCAGAGGAAUACUAAGAGUUGGUAUGGAGGACUGCUUCUGUGAAAUAUGUACAUAGUAUUUGUUAACUUUUUUGUUAAGUGCACCACAGAAUAAAUGAAGAUAAUUCACAUCAGCAUCUCAAAAUGCUGAACUUUCUGCCUUUUAAAAUAAAAAAGCACUGCAUGCCAGUUGCAGUAAUCAUCCCCACUAAACCUUUGCAGAGGACAGGAUGUUAAUGCUGUUAUGGAUCAUUAUCAGCACCAAGAUACCGAUUUUUAAGACACAUAAUCACUAGAUAGCUUGUCACUUUUCAAACCUGUGUGCCUGAAAGAAAUAUUGGUUAGGGUCACAAUAAAAAAGCAUUAUUCUGUUUUAUUUUUGCAUGAAUGGAUAUUAGAAUUUGACUGAAUUUAUAAAGAUUAGUGUUUCUGUUUUUCUGGCUUUUCAUUUGAUGUGGCUGUAUGAAAAAAAAAUAUUUUUCAACUCAAACUUGAGCUAAGAAAGUAAAAACACAUACAUAAUGAACAUUUUCUUUCUCCUUAAACAGCCCUGCUUAUCAUUUUAAGGAAGUACAAGCCAUUGUUCCUUUUUAAUUCACAGGAAAUAGAAAAAUAGUUACUUUGCAGGGGGAAAAUGCCCAAUGUGAUGAAACAGUCAACAACCCUUUAAUGUUAAUUAUGUUUUAAUAUUGAUGCAGACUCUAUCAUUCAAAGUCUAAACUAGUGAGUCUGAGGUUGUAGAGACAAAGGCAGCUAUUUUUGGUAUAGUGGAAGGCGUGAAUGCAGAGACAUGUUAAAAACAGGAAGAAAGAGUCAUGGGGCUGUGACACGAAUACACGAAUGGUGUCAUUUGCAUUCAAUUUUAAACAAAUGUAUGACUGGCUUAUAACAACGUCUUGAGACAGCAUGUUUUUUUUUGCCUUAAUUUUUCAAAAAAUCCUUAAAUACGCAACUGAGAGGAUCUGUGAGAAAUUUGAUUUGAAAUGGUUGUGAAAAAAGUCACUCAGACAGCAGGCUCAUACUGAAAAACAGCCGCAGCCGUUGUACCUCUGAGUACACACAUUUUAAUCUCUACACCUCUGGUCCUGUUGGUCUUUUGUACUGUAAGUAUACAAUGUUACAGUUAGAAUGUUCACACUUUCACAUUGUUCCUGUUUGUGGUUCACAGUAGGGAAGAAAAUAGCAAAUGCAGCAGUGUAAAUUUAGUUGGACCAGAGACAGCUGAGCAUUGCAGAUACCCUUUCUUCAAAAUAAACCACUGUACCACAAACUUG